CGGGGCGACGGCAGCGGGGCCGCCGGGAAGGGCCGGUCCAGCCCCGCGCACACGUGCGGCGGGCCCCGGGAGCAGGUAAGGGCAGCCCGGGCUGCGCCGGGAGCGGGGCGCCGGGGCUGAGCCGCAGCCGCUUUACAUAGGGCGGCACGGGACCGGGAGCGGCGCCGUGUGCCCGCCGCAGCCCGGGCCGAGGCGGCCGUGCCGCGGGCAGCCGGAGGAGAAUUCCUGCUCCAGGCCCGGGCCGAGAGCCGGCGGCUCCCCUCCGCUCCGGCGGCCGCGCUUGGCCAGUGCCCGGCUCUGCGUGAGUGCCCGCAGUCACACCACGGCGCAUCUCCGCUGGAACAGCGAUUCCCCUCGCACCCGUUCCGGAUGUUUCUCACCGCCAGUCUCUUACUUGAGUUCUCAGGCAGCACCAGAUUAUCAAGAGUGAAGCUCCCCAGCGCUCCCCAGCAAUGGCAGGGAAAAAAGUCCUGAUAGUGUAUGCACAUCAAGAGCCCAAGUCCUUCAAUGGAUCUUUGUUGAAGAUUGCUGUGGAAGAGCUGACCAAGCAGGGCUGCAGUGUCACCGUGUCGGAUUUAUACGCCAUGCAGUUUGAGCCCAGAGCAACAAGGAAUGACAUUGUUGGUCACCUGCACAACUCAGAAGCGUUCAAUUAUGGUGUGGAAACCUGGGAAGCUUACAAGAGAGGAUGUUUGUCCAAAGACCUGGUUGAAGAGCAGAAGAAAGUGCGGGAAGCAGACCUGCUGAUUUUUCAGUUCCCCUUGUUUUGGUUCAACAUGCCUGCAAUCCUGAAGGGCUGGAUGGACAGAGUCUUGGUCCAAGGCUUUGCUUACGAUUUCUCAAAGAUUUAUGAUGGUGGUUUGCUCCAGGACAAGUUAUCCCUGUUUUCUUUCACCACGGGAGUAAGCCAAGAGAUAUAUUCAAAAGAAGGUAUUGGUGGUGAUAUUCGCUAUGUCCUGUGGCCCAUGCAGAAGUACCCAGCAUGGUUUGGGAAAUACAGGUGGUAAGGCAAGUUUUGCCAGCUUCUUCCAGAUACAAAAUUCCAUGGUCUCCUCCCCACGCUGUUAUCAGCUGCCUGCUCCUGUGGAGCUGUCCAACUGCAGAGCUUGCAGUUCAACACGGCAAAAAUGUGAAACACAGCUCUAAAUUCAGAAACACACAGAGGGAAAAUGGCAAGUUGAGCUGUUUCCACGGGUACUAGUCUUCCUACAGGAACCUUUGGCUAAGCCAGAGGGAAAAAGUUUAACAAAAAAAAAAUUUAGAAGUAGAUGUGGAGCACUGCAGUUAGAGACCCAUCUGAGGAGUUUCAAACUGAACAAUGAACUUUUGGCCUCCUGUGAUCCUUGCAAACUGAACAGUGAACAGCUGCCAAAGAGGAAAAUUCUGUGGAAUUAACAGCAGUUAAAAAUAAAUUCCACAGAGCAGAGUAAAUGAA